AUGCCUUACGUUGCUAUGUCAGACAAACGUAAAAUACAAUUGUUCAGUCAUAUUAAAAAGGAUAUUCCUAUUGCUAUGAGUUUCCGUUCAUGGGAAUUAUAUGAAUAUCCAAUGCUUCCAGCAUCAUCAAGACAUAUUUGGACAGUAAAAACGUCGAAUCAAUUAGAGAAGCCAAGAUUUGUUAUUUUAGCCUUUCAGACAAACAGAAAAGGUAUAGCUCUAAAAAAUGCAAGUCAAUUUGAUCAUUGUAAAAUCGCCAAUGUAAAACUUUUUCUUAACUCACAGUACUACCCAUAUGGUAACUUAAAUCUCGACAUCGAGCAGAAUCAAUAUGCUUUACUUUAUGAAAUGUUCAUACAAUUUCAAAAUGCUUACUAUGAAAACAAAGAUUUACAAUCUGAUUUGCUAGUUAGUAAAAGUGAUUUUAUCAAAUAUACGCCAUUUAUUGUCAUCGAUUGCUCAAAACAAAAUGAGUCUGUGAAACAAGCUGCUGUAGAUGUUCGUAUUGAAUUUGAAACUAAAGAACCCAUAGCUCCGGCAACGACAGCUUAUUGUUUAAUUUUACAUGAUCGCAUAAUUCAAUAUAAUCCUAUUAGCGGAGAUGUAAAAAAACUAGUGUGA